ACCGAGCAAAGUCAACUCAGCCAGAGAAACAUGGCUGGCCGGUCUUCUUCGGGCGCCGGGGAGGUCGACUUGGCCUCGAGGCUUUACAGGCAAGGCGCCGAACAGGCGGGACUUCCACGCUUGGUCUCCACCAGCCGACAACCUCAGAUUGGCGGCAGCAUCGAAAGUCAGGGGGGAGGUGCUUCCACCCGGUCGGUGCGCCGGGGCCCGCGGGGCGGGAGCGAGGUGCUGGUGCCUCACACGAACUACAGGCCAAUUACACUUCCGUCCUUGGAGGCUGUGCCCUCGGCGCCGCAAUUGGGGAAGUCCCGACAGAUCAUUGGCACACGCCAUGCUAGCGUGCCAGCGUCCUAUGUGGGACCACAGAACAUCCCAGGCGCCAAGUCCGGACCACAGGCAGACUCAGUUCAGGAGGCAGCUGCCGUUCAGGAGGGGGCUGCUGGCGGCACCGAAGUCUUGAAGGUGGAUCCGUCCGACCCCUCGUGGAUCAGCCCUGCGGACUUCGUCGAGUUCAUUUUGAACCACGAGAGCCUCACGGAGGAGUUCUGCUACAUGAACCGCUCCGGCCCCUAUGAGUUUGAGAUUGUCCCGUUCUCGAAGAUCAAUCCGAACGACUACAUGACCAUCUCCAUCCGUGGUGUGACUCACUACUCCAAUGGGGAGCUAGACUACCAGGACUUGGCUGAUUGGCAGCGAGAUCAGGACAUGUACAGGAAAAUCAUAGAGAUUCCCUUCUUCAAGAAGUACCAGCGCUGGAAGCUCUUCUCAGUCUGGAAGAGUGCCAUGCGCAAUCAGCGUGUGCAAAAAUGCUCUAGGACGCUGAAUGCACACCUCUUUGCCUUGGACACCACGCUCUGCGAGUCGCUGUUGCGAUGUCGCAAGGAGUGUGUGAAGAUCAGUAGCUGGAAUUUGCUGGAGGUGAACCCGAUGACUGUCUACCAGGUUGAGGAGUUCGAAGAUCAACAACGACAGAAGAGGAAGCAAAUGGCCAGCGACCUCCAAGAGGUCUGGACACGAAUCAAAGAUGAGCUUCUUCAGUCAUGCACAAAUAGCCUUCAAGACUUCUUGAAGAAGAACGGCUUCGGGCAAAGGGGUGCAAACGAAGAGGAAAAAGAGGAAGGUGAUGAAGGUGAUCAGGAUGGCGGGAUGUCCUACACCGAGCGGGCCACCACACGAACGCAGUGCCGAAAACUCACCAAGUUCAUCCGAAUGGUGCAGUUCUUGUUCAACGAUGCUGUCGCUCAAAUGGUGGUGAGCACGACCACCAGCAAAUUCUUGGAGACGCUGGAGAACUUUGUGGAAGAUGUCCAAACACAAGAGGCUGCAGCCCAACCGUUGGCGUUGGAGAAUGACGUCGAGAAGCCGUCAGAGGAGAAGAAAGAAGAGUCCAAGAGCACCAGGAAGCCCAACUUCAACGUGGAGUGUUUGCUCCAGAGGGGAGCACUGAUCUUCAAACCCACUGGGAGGAAGAUCUGGGAGGCUUUAGAGUCGUCCUUGCGAGAUGCCCUGCGAGCUGUCUCGGGAUGUCCUGCUUUCCUGCAGGUCGAGGACUUCAAUGCCUUCACAGCCCCGUUGGCCGAACUGGGCGAUGCCCUACCACUGGAGGAGCAGCAGCACGAUUUGUUCAGCCUCGUCGCGCAAGAUCCGAAGCACAAGGAGCUCUUGUCGACCAUCACGGCUCGCUACGAUUGGCUCUUCGACAAGGUGAAUACGUAUGCCAGUCGCUUUGAAGAGUUCGUCGAGAUGUAUGCUGAGAACUCGGCCUUGACCGACUGCAGUGUCACAUUUGCUGAUGCUUCUCUGGAUGACUUCCGUGCUGCACUGGCAAAGUACCAGAAGCAGAAAGAGGACAUCCGCUCCAUGGGCAGGACCAAGGACAUCGGGAUUUUCCGCUUGGACUGCCAAGAAAUGCAGCGAACGCUCCUACCGUCGCCGACGGGAUGCUUUGACUUGCUGGCACAGUAUAUUCCAGAAUUGGCCAUGUCCCGGAAUGCCGAGCUUAGUAGUGAAAUCCAGGCAGCUAAUGACAGACUCAAAGAGUACCCGAACAAUGUGGACGAGUAUGUAGAGUUCAACGUCCACUUGGCCAAGAUCGACGCCUCCUUGCCUUUGCUGGAAAAGCGCUUCCUCGAGGUGCAAGAAAUGGCCGAAAUCAUCCGGGAGUUUGGAAUCCGCAUCGACAGUGACACGCGCAAGGCCUUCAACGACUUGGCCUCCGCGAAGAACCAGCUGAUUGCACAGGUUACCACUGGCAAAGAGCGAGCAGAGGUUGAUGUGGCCCACUUUAGCAAGGCUCUGGAUGUCGAGAUCCCGGAGCUUCGCAAGACUGUGGGAGAACAGCAACAGCGUUUGGAGGCGCCGGAUCUGUCGGAUACCUCGAAGAUGGCCGCGGAGAACCGGAAGGAAGUGCUGGCUCUUCUGGAGGAGUUGCAAGAGAAUGUGAACGUCGCGGUGGAGGAGGCUGCGAAGUUCAAUCGGUACCAGGAGGUGUUGAAGUUGGAGCCUACUCCCUUCGAAGAUGUAGAGGAGCUCAAGGCCUCCUUCCAGAUCCGUGCGAAGUUGUGGCGAGGGAUCGAUGCAUGGGAAGAGCUGAGUGCUGAGUGGAACAACUGCAGUUUUGGGACUGUGGAUGUCGAUACCAUCACCAAAAAAGUGGCUGAGUACAACAAGGUGGCGGUGCAGUCAGUGAAGGCCAUGCCGGAGAAUCAGGUGCCGCAGAUCUGGGGAGAGUCCGUCACCCAGUUCAAAAACACACUUCCAGUGGUGGUCGCCUUGCGCAACAAAGCCUUGAAGCCACGACACUGGGAGGUCAUUACCUCUAUGAUUGGUCAAGAGCUGGAUUUGGAAGAUGAAGAGUUCACCCUUGGUGGUCUGCUGGCCAUGGGUGUGGACCAACACAUGGAAGCCAUCAUGGAUGUCUCUGGCAAGGCAACAGCAGAGCAAGGACUUGAAGAAAUGCUCGACAAGGUGAAGAAGACGUGGGAGGAUUUGGAGCUUGUGAUCAACCCCUACAAGGACAGCAAAGAUGUCUUCGUGCUCGGCUCGAUCGAAGACAUCACUGUUGCCUUGGAAGACUCCUUGGUGACGAUCUCCACCAUCGCUGGAAGUCGAUACGUGGGCCCCAUCCGCGCGGAGGUGGAACAAUGGCAGAAGGAUUUGCUGCUCUUCCAGGAGACAUUGGAUGAGUGGCUCAACGUACAGAGAAAUUGGAUGUACUUAGAGUCCAUUUUUAAUGCUGGCGACAUCAAGAAGCAACUGCCUGGAGAAAGUGCCAAGUUUCAAGAGAUCGAUGUUCAGUGGCGACAAAUCAUGAAGGAGACCUACGAGUACGCCGUGGCGUUGAAAGCUGCGACCAAGCCGGGGAGACUGGAGCUUUUUAAGAAAGCAAGUGAGACCUUGGAUCAGAUCCAGAAGCAGUUGGAGGACUAUCUCCUCUCCAAGUGUGUGGCCUUCCCACGCUUCUUCUUUCUCUCCAAUGACGAACUCUUGGAGAUUCUCUCCCAAGCAAAGAGACCCCAGGCCGUCCAGCCACAUCUCCGAAAGUGCUUUGAUAAUUUGGUGAAGCUGAAGUUUGGGGACGGAGCCAAUUCCACAGACAUCCAUGCCAUGAUCUCCGGCGAAGGCGAAGAGAUCCCCUUCUACAAGAUGCUCAAGGCACGCAACGGUGUUGAGAAGUGGCUCAGUGCCGAGGGUGGCGUUGAGGAGUACAUGGUGAAGACCAUGAGGGCUGAGGUGAAGAAAGGCUGGGAGACCUAUGCGCUUGAGUCUGACCGCAAAGAGUGGGUACGGAAGCAGUACUGCCAGGUGAUGAUCACUGUGGGGUCCAUCUACUGGACCCUGGAGACCGAGGAGGUCUUGACGGCCAGCGAUGGGAACAAGGUGCAGCUCAUGGGAAAAUGGUACCAGAAGAACAAGACUCAGCUAGAAGGCUUGACUGAGCUGAUCAGAGAUAAGCUGAACAAACUCCAGCGCAAGGGCGUUGUGGCACUGGUCACGCAGGAUGUGCACAAUCGUGACAUCAUCCAGGAUUUGUUCGACAACAAGAUCACCAGCAUGCAAAACUUCAAGUGGCAGCAGCAGCUCAGGUACUAUUGGGACGCGAAGCUGGACGGGGACCAUGGCGAUUGCUGCAUUCGUCAGGUGGAUGCCUUCAUCAUGUAUGGCCAUGAGUACAUGGGUGCCUUAUCGCGCUUGGUCAUCACGCCACUGACGGAUCGAUGCUGGAUGACCAUCACUGGUGCCUUGCAUAUCAAACUGGGCGCUGCACCCGCGGGCCCUGCGGGCACCGGCAAGACGGAGUCCACCAAGGACUUGGCCAAAGGCUUGGCUCGGCAGUGCGUGGUCUUCAACUGCUCAGAUCAGAUCAACUACCAGAUGAUGGGCAAGCUUUACAGUGGAGUGGUAAGUGCUGGUGCCUGGACAUGCCUCGAUGAGUUCAAUCGCAUCUCCAUCGAAGUGCUGAGUGUGGUGGCGCAGCAGGUGUUGGAGAUUCGUCAGGCACUCUUACAGGACUUGACGGAGUUUGUCUUCGAGUCAAGACAGUUAAAGGUGAAGAACACCUGUGGGAUCUUCAUUACGAUGAACCCAGGCUAUGCUGGACGUACUGAACUUCCUGACAAUCUGAAGGUUUUGUUCCGCCCAGUGGCCAUGAUGGUUCCUGACUACACCUUGAUUGCAGAGAUCAUGCUCUUUGCUGAAGGUUUUGGGAAGGCCAAAGUCCUCAGUGGCAAGUUCACAAAUCUCUACAAACUCUCCUCGGAGCAGCUGUCGAAACAAGAUCACUACGACUUCGGCAUGCGUGCGGUGAAGUCUGUCCUGGUGAUGGCUGGCAGUCUCAAGCGAGCGGAUCCCGACGAGGACGAGAACAUCCUUCUGAUCCGUGCAAUGCGUGAUUCCAAUGUGCCUAAGUUCUUGUCCGAUGAUCUACCACUCUUCUUUGCCAUUGUGAACGAUCUCUUCCCUGGAAUCGAGGUGCCAUACUAUGACUACGGUGCCUUGCAAGUGGAGAUCGAGCGUGGCCUUCAAAAGCAGAGCUUACAGGUCCAUGACAAGUUGGUCACCAAGACCAUCCAACUCUUCGAGACGUUCAUGGUGCGUUUCGGCGUGAUGUUGGUGGGGCCCACCCUGGGUGGCAAAUCUGUUGAUUACAAGACCUUGGCCAUUGUGGCAGCCUUGGUUUCGGGAGAUGACAGUUGCUCACUGCACAAAGUCGUGCAUCUUCAGCAGAAUGCUGUUGAGACACUGCUUGAUGCACUCACGCAAUUGCGGGAGGACAACAGUCCAGAUGAGCGUUACCAGAAGACAAAGUAUACGUGCUUCAAUCCCAAGGGUAUCACCAUGGGAGAGCUGUACGGCGAGAACAACGAGCUCACACAGGAGUGGACGGAUGGCCUCGGCAGUCGCAUCAUGCGCGGUUAUCAGACCGAGGAGAGCCCUGACUACAAAUGGACCGUUUUUGAUGGACCAGUGGAUGCGAUCUGGAUCGAGAAUAUGAACACCGUGCUCGAUGACAACAUGACCCUUUGUCUGGCCAAUGGCGAGCGUAUCAAGUUGAACUGGACCAUGCGGAUGCUCUUUGAAGUGGAGGAUUUGCGUGUAGCCUCACCUGCCACGGUGUCACGCUGUGGAAUGGUCUACUUGACGCCCUCCGAUCUGGGAUGGGAGCCCUUCGUUCGAACAUGGCUCAGCUCUCUGCCCGAUCAACCUUUCUCCGAGAAGGCCAAGGACAUGAUCUGGAGCUACUUUGACACUCAUGUGCAACGAGGUUUGGACUUCCUGCGGAAGAAUGGCCUUGAGCCUGUGGGCACGCAGGAUACCCAGCUCGUCAUCUCCCUGUGCCGGCUUUUCCAGUCGGUGAUGAAUGAAGAGGCAGCCACUGGGAACAGCUGUGCCUCGAAGGAUGCUCAAGUUGCAGAGGGAGAGUCAGUGCUGGUGCCGCGGAAGAUCUCAACCUUGGAGGCCGCUGAGUUCGAGAAGUUUCUGCAGCCCUGCUUUUGCUUUGCCUUCACUUGGACCAUCGGUGGCAGUUGUGAUGCCAAGACGAGAGGUAUGUUUGCCCGAGAGAUCGAGAAUUGGUUCCCCAACGUCUCCAUGCCUCGGGGAGGAGGUCCAUAUGAUGGCUUCAUCAACUUUUACGAAGGCCCAAAAUGGAAGAGCUGGACCGACAUUGUGCCGAAGUUCGUCUUCCAGGAUGGUGUGUCAUACUUCCAGCUUUUGGUGCCGAACCCCGACACUGUUCGCUUCUCCUACAUCAUGGAUCGCAUGAUGACCACGCAAAACUCCGUGUUCUUGACGGGCAACUCUGGAGUUGGCAAGAGCGUGAACGUGGUGGCCUUGUUGGAGAAGAUGAAGGAGAUCGCCUCGGUGGUUCCAGUCUACAUGACCUUCAGUGCUCAAACGAAGGCCUACGAGACACAGAUCAACAUUGAGAGCAAGCUCGAAAGAUGGCGAAAGACCCUGUUGGGCGCACCAGUCAACAAGACGAAUGUGAUCCUGAUCGAUGAUGUGAACAUGCCCUUGGUGGAAGAGUAUGGUGCACAGCCUCCCAUCGAGUUGCUCAGGCAGUUCCAGGAUCAGCGGGGCUUUUUUGAUCGCAAGAAGCACGAGUGGAAGGACAUUGAGAACACAACGCUGUUGCUUUGUGCGGCUCCACCAGGCGGUGGCCGAAACCAGAUGACCGCGCGCUUCACCAGGCAUUCACAGGUGGUGUGCAUGCCACCAACCAGUGAAGAGGCCAUGUCCACCAUUUUCGGCUCCAUCAUCUCGGGCUUCCUGGGACGCUUCAAGAGCGAAGUGCAAGGCUUGGCGAAUGCCUCAGUACAAGCGACCAUCGAUAUCUACAACAAGUGGGGGAUCCCAGUGCAGAACCCGCGAAGGUGCGGAGACGAGUUGCUGCCCACACCGACGCGGCCACACUAUACCUUCAACCUGCGAGAUGUCUCGAAGGUCUUCCAGGGUCUGCUCAUGGUGAAGGCGAUGCACGUACCAAAUGCUGAAGCGUUUACGAGGCUGUGGUACCACGAGCUGUCACGAGUCUUUUGUGAUCGGUUGAUCAACAAGUCUGACAAGGAGUGGUUCUACAAGGCUGCAGCUGAACAGUUGAAAUCCAGGUUCCGUGUCAUGGACACCGAUCCUGAAAUUUGGACGUCCUUGAUGUGGUGCAACUUCCUUCGUCCAGUGGAAUCACGGGUCUAUGAGGAAGCCAAGGACAAGACCAAGGUGCAGAAGGUUCUUGAAGACGCCAAUGAUGACUACAACCUCUCUCACACCGCGCAGAUGAAUUUGGUCUUCUUUCAGGAGCAGUGGACGCUCGAGCUGCGCCAAGAUUUGCUGCUUGGCGAGAACCAGAGAGAAGUGGUGGCGGUGCUGACUGCUGGCUACGGAAUUGAUGCCUUCCGAGAAGAUGAGAAGAAGUUCUUGAUCUCAGCAGGUGCUGGGGCAGCGAAGGCAACGAUGUUUUUGCUCAGUGACACACAGAUCAUCAACGAGACCUUCCUUGAGGACAUCAACAACAUCCUCAACGCUGGCGAGGUGCCAAACCUCUUCCCGAAUGAUGAGAUCGACCGGGUCAUUGCAGAUACACGGCCACGUGCGAAAGAAUGUGGUCAGAGUGAGGCCAAAGAUGCAGUAUGGCAGUUCUUUGUGGAGUCAGUGCGGGAGAACUUGCACAUUGUCAAGGGCUUAGGGUGGGCUUACGAAGUCUUUUUGCCUGACACUGACACGACUCAGAUCCAGAAAUGGAAGGGGCACCUGAUCGAAAAGGCCUUGCUUGGUGUCUCUGCCAGACAGCUCUCUGGAAUGCAAGGCAUUAGCGAUGAGGUCAGGGAUUCCGUUGCCAAGGCGUGCUGCUUUGUGCACCAAGAAGUGAUUCGAACCUCUGCUAUCUUUGAGGAUCGACUGAGGCGAAAGGUCUAUGUCACCCCAAAGUCCUACUUAGACCUCAUCAGUCUUUACCUGGAGAUGAUCCAGGAAAAGAAGGAUGAGAAAGACGUCUCUCUCAAGAGGCUCCAGACAGGUGUGGACAAGAUUGACGAGGCGAACUCCUUUGUGAACAACCUCCAGGAAGAGCUCACGAAGUUGGCUCCAGUGAUUGCUGAGAAGAUCAAAGAGGCGGACGAACUGGUGCCAGUGGUCACUGAAGAGCAGAAGAAGGCGGAAGUCAUCAAAGAGAAGGUCUCGAGCGAAGAGGCGACAGGGAUGCGAUCGCCUAUGACAAUGGUGGUGGUGCGAAAGCAAGCCGAUGAGGUCAAAGCCAUUGCCGAUGAUGCACAGAAAGACCUGGACAUUGCAAUGCCAGCCCUGGAAAGUGCCUUGAAGUCAUUGGAUUCCUUGGACAAGAAAGACAUCCAGGAGAUCAAGUCCUUCGCAAAGCCACCACCUUUAGUGAUGAUGACAAUGGAGGCGGUGAACGUCCUCUUGCAAGAGAAGCCUGAUUGGGAUACAGCGAAGAAAGUGCUCAACAGGUCAACGUUCCUGCAGGAUCUGAAAACCUUCGACAAGGACGUGGAGCCCGACAACAUCCCAGAGAAAGUCCUGAAGCAGUUGACGAAGUAUGUCACAAAGCCCGAGUAUACCGUGGAAGCAGUGGGCAACCAGAGUAAGGCAGCGAAGAGCUUGUGCAUGUGGACCUAUGCUAUGGACACUUACUCCAAGGUCGCAAAAGAAGUGGAGCCCAAAAAGCAGAAGGUGGCUGAAUUGAAUGAAAAGCUGGCCAAGGCCAAUGCAGAGCUCCAGGCCAAACAAGACAAUCUUCGGGACGUUGAAGCGCAAGUGGCGGCCCUGCAAAAGAAGCUCAAUGACACGAUUUCGGAGAAGGACCGACUUGUGGCAGAGUCCCAGCUUACCAAGGAGAGAUUGGGGCGUGCUGAUAUCCUCACUGUUGGUCUGAAAGAUGAAGGAGUGCGAUGGCGCGAGACAGUGUCGACGAUUCGGCAAGACAUCAUCAACCUCACUGGUGAUGUCUUCCUCUCUGCAGCGUCCAUCUCCUACUACGGGCCAUUCACUGGGGUCUACCGAAACGAUAUUGUGGACGCGUGGCUCAAGGAGCUAAAGAACCUGCAGAUUCCUUCGGGCGACAGCUUUGAUUUGCGUGAGGUCAUGGGAAACCCUGUGGAGAUUCGUGAGUGGAAUCUUCAAGGCCUACCAGCAGAUGCCGUGUCCAUCAACAACGGUGUCAUGGUGAUGCGAGGGAAGCGUUGGCCCCUGAUGAUCGACCCACAGUCACAGGGCAACAAGUGGAUCAAGAAGAAAGAGGGCAAGGACCUGAAGACGCUGAAAAUGACCAAUCCAAAGAUGCUUUUGAUUCUCGAAGGCUGCAUCCGCACGGGUGCUCCAAUGCUCAUGGAGGACAUUGAAGAGACACUAGACCCAGCCUUGGAGCCAGUCUUGCUAAAGGCGGUCUACGAAGACAACAACCGCCUUCAGAUCAAGCUCGGGGAUAGCGAGGUGGACUAUGACAAGAACUUCCUGUUCUACAUGACGACAAAGAUGCCAAACCCGCACUACUUCCCUGAAGUUUGCAUCAAGGUCACAGUGAUCAACUUCACCGUGACCUUCGAAGGCUUGGAGGAGCAGCUGCUCAACGAGGUGGUCUCAAAGGAAAUUCCAGAGACGCUACAGAGAAGAGUGGAGCUGAUGCUUCAGUUGGCGGAUGAUAAGAAGGUCUUGAAGCAGCUUGAGGAUAAGAUCCUGAAGCUCCUUUCAGAGUCAAGUGGCAAUAUCCUUGACGAUCAGGUGUUGAUCAGCACUUUGGGCGAGUCCAAAGAGACCUCCACGGCGGUGAACCAACGAGUGAAGGCUGCGGAGGAGGCAGCGGUGGAGCCACCUGGACGUUUUCAGACCGUCGCCACACGUGGCAGCAUCCUCUACUUUGUCAUCGCUGAUUUGGCCAACAUCAAUCCCAUGUAUCAGUUCAGCCUGUUCUACUUUGUGCGACUCUUUAAGAACUGCAUGGACAAGGCGGCCAAGAGUGAUGACAUUGACAUCCGCAUGACGAACUUGAGCAACCAGAUUCUCAACGGAAUCUUCCAAAAUGUCUGCCGAGGCUUGUUUGAAGACAACAAGUUGACCUGCAGUUUCCUGAUUGCCACCGCACUGCAGCGGCACGCUGGCGAAAUCAGCCCCACUGAGUGGUCUUUGCUCCUCAGGGGUGUUGGAUUGCUGGACAUGAGCGCUAAGCCUCCAAAUCCGGACACGGAUUUCUUCACCGAUAAAAUGUGGGACUUCGCCCUUUGCACUGCAAGAUGCCAGCAGGUCUAUGCCAUUCAGCAGUACUCAUUCGAUCGUUGUCCAGACUUGUGUGAACACAUCACUGAGAACCUCGAGGACUGGAAAGAUUGGGUCCGGACACCCGGCCGGAUCACCUCGUCGCUCGUCGACACGAAUGAGAACAGUCAGUUGCACUACUUCCACUACUUGUUGCUCCUGAAGGGCUUGGCACAAGAGAAGCUCUUGGUCGCCAUCCAGGAACAUACACGGAGGUGCUUGGGUGAGGAUUUCAUUAUCUUCCCCACUGCGACAGUGGCAGAGCUUUAUGCGGACUCCACUCGAAGUACUCCCAUUGUCUUCGUUUUGUCAACUGGUGCAGACCCUACCUCGAUGUUGCUCCGAUUUGCCCAAGAAGUGGACAUGGCCUCGACCAUGGGUGUCAUCUCCUUAGGGCAAGGGCAAGGACCCAAGGCCAAGACAAUGGUGGUGGAAGCACGGAAGAAGGGCACCUGGGUGCUCCUCCAGAAUUGCCACCUUUACAAGACCUUCAUGCCAGAGCUGGAAAAGAUGUGCGAAGAGCUGGAAGAGCCUUCGAUGACGCACAAGGACUUCCGUCUUUUCCUUACAAGUAUGCCGGCGGCGUACUUCCCCGUGCCUGUGCUGCAGAACGGCAUCAAGCUGACCACGGAGCCGCCCAAGGGACUUCGGGCCAAUGUCAUGCGCUCCUUCCUCCCUAUGUCCGAUGAGCAGCUCAACGACAGCGCGAAAACAAAAGAGUGGCGGCGACUCCAAUUUGGCUUGAAGUUCUUCCAUGCGGUGAUUCAGGAGCGGCGGAAGUUCGGUCCCUUGGGAUGGAACAUCAGAUACGAGUUUAACGACUCGGAUUUGGAAACAUCCACGACGAUCACCCACAACAUGUUGGAAUUGGAUGGAGCAAUUCCAUGGGAUACCCUGCUCUUUGUGAUUGGCCACAUCAACUAUGGUGGCCGCGUGACAGACGACAACGACAGGAAAUGUUUGUUGGCCAUCUUGGAAAAGUAUGUCACGCCAAAGAUCCUGGAGCCUGACUACAAAUUCUCAGACAGUGGCACAUACAGGUGUCCGGACAAUUCAGACGUCGCAGACAUUGAGCAGUUCCGAAAGUUCGUAGCGAGCUUCCCAAUCACGGAGCAGCCAGAGGUCUUUGGCAUGCACGACAAUGCCAACAUUAGCUUCAUGAGUCAGGAAGCUGAGAAGGUGCUGAGUGUCGUCCUCUCCAUCCAGCCACGCGAGGCAGGUGGUAGUGGAGGGAAGAGCUCGGAGGAGAUGGUGUUGGAAAUCGCCAGCGACCAAGAGCUAAGACUACCUGACAAGCUGAGCACUGAGAAUGCGCAUGCUGACAGCUUCGCCAUGAGUGAGGAGACUGGUCUGAUGACCUCUUUGGGAACCUGUCUCUCCCAGGAGAUGUCGCGCUUCAAUCGCUUAUUGUCUCAGAUGAGCUUGACCCUGAAGCAGCUCCAAAAGGUGAUGACCGGAGAGCUUGAUGAUAUGUUCAACGCCGAGCUGAAUAACUUGGUGCCGGGCAUUUGGACGAAAGAUGGCAUCGGGGAUUGGAUUGAUGGUGGCAUUCCCAUUGCCUAUUGGAUCUCGUCCUUCUACUUCCCACAGGGCUUCCUGACCUCCGUCCUGCAGGGCUAUUCCAGAAGCAACAUGAUCCCGGUGGAUCAGUUGUCCUUUGAAUUUGUGAUGCAGGACACCAGUGACCCUCAUGAAUUGGAAGGCGCUCCGGAGGAGGGUAUCUACAUCCAUGGGCUCUUCAUGGAUGGCGCGGCAUGGAGCUAUGACGACAUGGCGAUCGACGACCAGGAGUUCGGCACCAUGUUCGUGAAGUCUCCAAUCAUCAACUUUAUCCCUUGGAAGGCUGAGCUUGUUUGGGAAAAGUAUCGCUGCCCGAUUUACAAGACCUCCAUCCGGGCGGGCACGCUGUCCACCACUGGCCAUUCAACCAACUUUGUCUUGGCCAUUGAGGUGGAAACACUCAUGGAUCCCUCCUACUGGACCCUGAAGGGAGCUGCCAUGCUGACGAUGCUCAAUGACUGA